AUGAUUGAUUACCCUUUGUUAAUAGUUAAAGCUAUAUUUUUAAUUAUUCUGGUUUAUUUUAUUGUCUUUGCAAAUGGCUUUAUGCUGAGCGGAAAAUCACGUUUUAGAAACAAUUGUCUUGCAAGUACGCUUAGUAUUUUAGCAUCUUUUAUUCACUUUUCAUCUAACGUUCUACUAAAAGUUUAAAUCUGUUAUUUGUUUUCUCAGUAGCAGAGCUUAUUAAUUUUGAUCAUGGAACUACCUCUCUUGAUUGUAGCAGUUUUUAACUAUAUUUAAAUCAAAGAUUUUUACUUGGCUAUGAUGAGUUGGGCUUUACAUUUAACUCAAUACGAUUUGUUUACUAUAUCAUCUAAAUGUUUUCCUUAUAAUCAUGUAAUAUUACAUACAGGAUCAAGUUUUUUCUAUCAAUAGGUAUAGAUUAUGUUUAUUGUAAAGGUUUAUAAUACUCUAAUCUAUGUGAUAAAAUUGCUGAGCCAUAGAGAUAGUGAUGAAAGUAAUGAAAUCAUUCUUACAUUUGCGAUUGUAAGCUGCUCUACCUUUUUAAUUUAGUUGUAUUAUAAUUACAUCAACAAACAAACAAUUGAUAUUCAUUCCUAACAGAAGCUAUAAAAAUUGUAAUAUAAUGAAAAGACAAAAAAGUUAAAAGCUGAAUUGUAGAAUGUCAAAAAAAUUUACAUUUGCUUUGAUCAAAAUAUUGUUUGUGAUAAAGAUUGCUAAGAACUUAUUUAGGCUUGCUUUUACUAAUUCUAAAAUUGCGAAAUACUUUCAAAAUUUAUAAAAAGAACUGAGUCAAAAAAUGGGUUCUAAAAAAUUGAAAUAACAGAAAGCAAAUAUUUAAAUCUAAUUGAAAAGAGUCUCUACAAAUCUUAGUUUGCCAACAAAAUAAAAAAAAUAAAUUUUCUUGAUUACUUUAAUGCAAAUUAGCUAACUCAAGCUCUAAUUAAAAGUGGAAAUCUUAUUAAUUUUAACUUAUUGUAUUUUGAUUAAAACUAAGUUAAGAAGGAACAAAAAUUAGCUAUUAAUUAUCUUAAAAUUGUCAAAAAAUACGAAGUUUUUCAAUUAAGUGUUUUAGCUUAUUUUAGAAAUAUUUCUUAAUAUUAAACAUAUAAUCCAAAUUUUAUUAUUCUUGAUUUGUAUCUUUGA